AUGUACAUCGAAUUGCAAGUUUGCUUCCACUAUCAACUCCAAAACACUGUACUAACCGCCAGAAACUACGCCACUUUGAGAGAAAUCGAGAUGCGUCUCAAGUCCAUUAAGAACAUCGAGAAGAUCACCAACACCAUGAAGAUUGUGGCCUCUACCAGAUUGAACAAGGCUCAGAGAGCCAUGGAGGCCUCCAGAGUGUUCAACAAGUCCGACGCCGAGUUCUACAAGAAUGCUGAGCCAGAAGAAACCGCCGGUGACAAGACCUUGUUGAUCGUUGUCUCUUCCGACAAGGGUUUGUGUGGAUCUAUCCACACUCAGGUGUCCAAGGCUGCCAGAAGAAGAAUUGAGGAGUUGUCCGGCAACGUUGACGUUGUUGCUGUCGGUGACAAGGUUAGAGCUCAGUUGACUAGAACUCACGCUGACAAGGUCAAGUUGGCUUUCUCUGGUGUUGGUAAGGCCGAGCCAACUUUCUUCGAGGCUUCCUUGAUUGCUGACGAGAUCUCUACUUUGGGUAAGUACGAGAACACCGAAGUUUUGUACAACAAGUUUGUUUCCGGUGUCUCCUUCGAGCCAUCUAACUUCUCUGUCUUCGCCGCCGAUGCCAUCGAGAAGGCUCCAGGUUUGAGCAAGUAUGAGUUGGAGUCCGAGGACACCGCCGAGACCUUGUCUGAGUUCUCCUUGGCUAACUCUAUCUUGACUGCCCAGGCCGAGGGUUACGCCUCUGAAGUUUCUGCCAGAAGAAACGCCAUGGACAAUGCUUCCAAGAACGCUGGUGACAUGAUCAACUCCUACUCGAUCUUGUACAACAGAACCAGACAGGCUGUCAUUACCAACGAGUUGGUUGAUAUCAUUACUGGUGCUUCUUCUUUGGAUUAA